GAAUCCCUUUCCAAUAAGGUCCGCACUUCAAUGCAUUAAUGGAAGCACAUAUUCCAUUUCACAACUUUGCUCUCUAAUUUGCAUUUACAUCCAAACCGCUUCUCCUAACUCCCAUCUCCCUUUCACGUACAUUGGCCAAACAAAAACACAUGUAAAGCAUACAGAAUUGCUUAUGCACGUCGUUUGUUUUUAGAAAACUCAUACCGACAUUUGUCUUUGCGGCGAAAUUGUUUUUGUCUUCAUUUAUUCAACACCCUUUUCACUCGUUUUCUCUCUAACCUCACCAAAAAAAAAACUUAACCAUGGUGAAAAACCAUGCAAAACCUCUCUCUUUUAUUUACAUGAAACCUAAACUAUUAAAUUGAGCUGAAACCCUACCUUUUUUCAUCUUAUAAGAAUCAAAAGAAACUUAAUUAUGGUGAAGGAAGCAAAAGAACAGUGCUUAAUUGUGGGUAAUUACUGCCACGACGUUUUAAUCAAAGACGACGUCGUAAUAGCUGAAUCACUAGGCGGAGCAGCUUCGUUCAUCUCAGCCGUGUUUGACGGUUUGUUAAUUUCCUCAAAUUACAUUUCUAAAGUGGGCCCCGAUUUUGCUUACGCCUUUAAUCACCGUCCGAUCAUAAAGCCGUUAUCCAAAACCACCGUUUUCCACGCACAUUUUACAACGGAAGACAAACGGCAACGGCAAGAUCGGAUCUUAAAACGGGUCACUGCAUGUGACCCGGUUAAUCCAUCGGAUUUACCGAAUUCGAAAUUUGAUUAUGGUAUGGCUGUAGGUGUUGGUGGUGAGAUUUUACCUGAAACACUUGAAAGAAUGAUAGAUAUAUGUAAGGUUGUGUUUGUAGAUAUCCAAGCUUUGAUUCGGGUAUUUGACCCGGUUGAUGGAACAGUAAGUCUUGUGCAUUUAAAUGAAACCGGGUUUUGGCCAUUAUUGAAAAAGAUUGGUUUUUUAAAAGCUUCAGCUGAAGAAGCACCUUAUGUUGAUGUUGAAGAAGCAAGAAAAUGGUGUUGUGUUGUCGUGACAAAAGGGAAAGAAGGGUGUACUGUGUAUAUGAAAGACGAUGAAUUGACUGUUUCGCCGUUUGUAGCGACUCAAGUUGAUCCAACAGGUGCUGGUGAUAGUUUUCUUGGAGGUUUAGUUGCUGGGCUUGUUCAUGGAUUGGAAAUACCUGAUGCUGCAUUGCUAGGAAACUUUUUCGGGUCAUUGACUGUUGGGCAUAUUGGGCUUCCUAAGUUCGACUCGCAGUUAAUACAGAGAGUGAAGGAUGAGGUGCUAAAAAGGAGUUUGCAGCAUUUUGGGUCCCAUGAGAAACAAGAAGAUGAACCGAAUAGAUUGAAGCCCUUAGAUCAUGAAGAAUUCCUAGCGGCUCUCAGUGCUGCCAAAGUGGUACCAGCAAACUCUAUCAAAGAAUGUAAGUGGGACUUGAAUAGUUCUCCCGGAGCAUUGGAACAGCCCGUCUGCAAUGGUCAUCAUAGAAUACCACUUAACCCUGUCUGUGAAGAAUCAAUUAAUUCAGUUGAUAGUAAACCUUGAAUAAAGAGGGCGGGGUUGUUCCGCAUUCUCAAAUAUAUUGUUAGUUGUUAGUUCUGAAUAAAAGAGAGUUCAAGCAUGAUAUUCUCUCUACUGGGCGUUGGUUUUGUGUUUUUGGUAAUUGCAAAAUUAGCUU